AUGUACUCUCUCAAAUCCGCCGUCCCAAGAACCCUGAGACAUCUUACAAGUAAACGACAAGCUUCGGUUCCCCGCAUUCUCAACUUUACAAAGCAUUUUGCAACUGCAAAAAUCACAAUGGAACAUCAAUAUAAACUCAAGGAUCUCAAUACCUUGGAUUUGAAGCCAGGGGAGAAGAAAGAAGUCGAAGUUGAGGGUAUUGAAGGAGGAAAGGUCUUAUUGUGUAAUGUCGGUGGAAAAGUUACAGCUUUAGGUCAUAAAUGUACACAUUAUGGCGCCCCACUGGUAAAGGGUGUUUUGACUGGAGAUGGACGUUUAACUUGUCCAUGGCACGGAGCUUGCUUUAAUGCCACCAGUGGAGAUAUCGAAAAUGCUCCCGCUCUCGAUGCCCUUCCUUCAUUUGAGUUGUCCGAAAAGAAUGGUUCAGUAUUUGUGUCGGGGGAUAAAGAGGCUAUCAAGGGCAGCCGAAGAAAACCAAAUAUCAGAAUUACUGGUGGGGUUUCACAGGAAAAAGUCGUAAUUGUCGGUGGUGGAAGUGGUGCCAUUGGUACGGUUGAGGCACUUCGUGAAACUGGUUUCAAGGGAUCGGUCACCAUCAUCAGUAACGAAGGUUACUUACCCAUUGAUAGAACAAAGUUGUCAAAGGCUCUUAUUGAUGAUGAAUCGAAAAUUGCUUGGAGGGAUGAGGCUUGGUUCAAAGACGGAUCGAUUGAUGUUCUCUAUGAUACUGUCAGUGGGGUUGACUUUGAGGGAAAGAAUGUAUUAACAAAGACUGGUGGCUCUUACCCGUACACAAAAUUGGUACUUGCAUCUGGUGGAAAUCCAAGGAGUCUACCAUUACCUGGUUUCAAAGAAUUGGGUAACAUCUUUCUCCUUCGCAAUGUUUACAAUGUGAAGAACAUCGUGAAGGCUAUUGGAGAGAAGAACAAGAAGAUUGUCAUCAUCGGAAGUUCAUUUAUUGGAAUGGAAGUUGCUAAUGCCACAGCCAAAGAUAACGAUGUUACAGUCGUUGGCAUGGAGUCCGCACCACUUGAGAGGGUCAUGGGGGCUGAAGUUGGCAAGAUCUUCCAGAAGGCUUUGGAAGGGAAUGGAGUUAAGUUUUACAUGAAUGCUGGUGUAGAAAAAGCCGUUCAAUCAACGUCUGAUUCCACUAAAGUUGGUGGUGUGCAACUAAAGGAUGGCACAACCCUCGAAGCGGAUUUGGUGAUCCUAGGAACCGGUAUCAGUCCUGCAACCGAAUAUUUGAAAGACAACAAGUCGAUUGAACUUAGAAAAGAUGGUUCAUUGACGACGGAUGAACAUUUCCUUGUUUCAGGUUUGAAGGAUGUUUAUGCCAUUGGAGAUAUUGCAGCUUACCCAUACCAUGGACCUGGUGGUGAAGGAAGCUUAACACGAAUUGAGCACUGGAACGUGGCACAGAAUGCAGGGCGAGGCGUGGCCACACAUAUCAACAAACCAACUGCAAAGCCAAAACCAUUUAUUCCAAUCUUCUGGUCAGCUCUCGGCUCACAACUAAGAUAUUGUGGCAAUACUAUCAACGGCUGGGAUGACCUCGUAUUACAAGGAGAGCCAGAGAAAGCAAAGUUUGUGGCUUAUUAUUGCAAGGGAGAGACCGUAGUUGCUGUUGCUACAAUGCAAUUUGAUCCAAUUAUGACGCAGGCAUCAGAAUUAAUGAGAAGAGGGAAUAUGCCAAGCAAGAGUGAACUGAAGAAGGGUCUCAAGCUUGAAAGUAUCGAUGUUCCAGCUGAGGUUAAGAUGUGA